AUGGCUUCUUCAAUUCCAAAUUACACGGAGGUAAUGGUCCUCAUAUGGGUGCUCUGGGCCGUUUCGGUUGGCAUGACGGCUUUCCGAGUCAUUUUCCAAUGGCGUCUACAGCGACGACUGCAUGGAGAUGACUAUUUCGUCCUGGGAGGCCUGGUGACAUUAACAGCGUUGACCGCAGUUAUCACAAGAAUUUUGCCGCAAUGGUUCCUCGUGGCCGAGUACAGCAAGGCCGCCGCGGCUGAUCCGUUGACGCCUCUACCGCUACCAGUCGAUGAAAUGACAGCGCGAACUGUCAUGUCACUGAAACUCAUGUUCAGUCAGAUGCUAUUGUUCUGGACGACGUUGUGGGCUGCAAAAUUCUCCAUCCUCUGGUUCAUUCGAAGGCUCAUCUAUGGUCUGCCCAAGUACAUUCGAUGGUGGUGGAUAUGCUUUGCCGCUGUCAUGAUUCUGUAUCUGGCUUGCAUGCUGUCCAACUUCUUAACGUGCUCUCCAUUAAAGCGAUACUGGAGCCCAGCCGGAUGUAGUAGACCGGAAGACUUGCGACGUUCCGAUGCCUCCAUCAAGUUUGCGACGAGUGCCGAUAUAGUAGCAGAUGUAUUGACCAUGAUCCUCCCCCUUCAUCUAAUACGAAACCUCACCAUCUCGCGGGUCCACAAGUUCGGACUCAUUGUCCUCUUCUCACUCGGUGCCAUCAUUGUCGCUAUUGCGCUUGUACGUCUUGUUCAAGUUACAAAAGCUACGAGCGAUUCGACUACAGAUCCCACAGCCAUGUCCAACGGACCAGUGCUACUAAGCAUGUGGUCGCAUAUCGAGUCCACCGUCUCUAUUAUUGUAGCCACGCUGCCGGCUUUCCGCUUCCUCAACAAAAGACGAGCCAAUGCGACGAGAACCCCAAAUAAGUACUCGGUGCCUACGAUUGGAGGUACAGGUGGAUCACGAUCACGACCUUGGCAACACGGUGCCGACAGUGAAGAGACGGUUAGAAGGAGUGAUAGCCAGACUGAGCUACGGCCAGUACGUGGCGGGACUCCAUCUGUGAGGAAGACAAGUUCAGAGUGA